AUGAACCCUGAGAGUGGCUGGGGCCACAGAACGAGGGCUCCGAUGCUCCAGGCGGCCAGGGGCCAGAAGGCCAACCUGAAGGAUGCAGUCAUCAGGCCCUGGAGGAGCCUGGCCAGGAUGCCGAAGCCCGAGGUGCAGGACCCGGAGGCAGCAGCUGCAGGACAUGAAGGCUUGCUGCCAAUCGAGAGAGGCUUUCAGAAUGCUGCUAAAAGCAAUAAUUUGGGUCUUAUGGAGAAGCUGUUUGAAAAGAAGGUGAACAUUAAUGCUGUGGACAAUAUGAACCGCACAGCCCUUCACUUUGCCGUGGGGAGGAAUCAUUUAUCUGCAGUGGAUUUCUUACUGAGUCACAAAGCCAGGGUGGAUGUUGCUGACAAGCAUGGUUUGACAGUAAUUCACCUUGCAGCCUGGUCUGGAAGCUUCGAGAUCAUGCUCAUGCUAGUUAAAGCUGGAGCAGACCAGAGAGCCAAGAAUCAGGAAGGAAUGAAUGCUCUCCACUUGGCAGCUCAGAACAACAACCUGCACAUUGUGGAUUACCUCAUUCAAGACUUGCAUCUGCAGGACCUGAACCAGCCCAAUGAGAGAGGAAGAAAACCAUUUCUUUUGGCAGCUGAGAGAGGACAUGUUGAAAUGAUUGAAAAGCUUACCUUCCUUAAUCUCCAUACUUCAGAAAAAGACAAGGACGGGAACACGGCCUUGCACCUGGCCGCGAUGCAUGGUCACAGCUCAGCUGUGCAAGUGUUGCUAACUCAGUGGUCAGAAGUCAAUGAGAGCAAUGAGAAUGGAGAAACUCCAUUCCUGUUGGCUGUUGUGGGAGGUCAUGAAGAAUGCAGUCGAGUGCUCCUGGAGGGAGGAAGUGAUGUCAACAUUCCAAACAAACUCAACAUCAGUGCUCUGCAGACAGCAACCCGGAACGGCCACACAGCCCUUGUCAACUUUCUUCUCAGUGAGAAUGCUGACUCGCAGCAGCAGAAGGAACCUAAGGAGCCCCCUCUUCACCUAGCAGUUAUCAACAACCGUCCUGCAGUUGUGAAUAGCUUAUUAAGUGCUAGGCAUGAUGUUGAUGCCUUAGAUCAGAGGCAGCAGACCCCUCUGCACAUAGCUGCUGAUCUUGGAAAUGUGGAGCUUGUGGAGACACUGCUGAAGGCUGGCUGCAACCUGAAAAUCACUGACAAGCAAGGAAAGACUGCCCUGGCUGUGGCUGCCAGGAGCCACCACAGCCUCAUCGUGGAUAUGCUCAUCAAAGCUGAGAGGUACUACUCAUGGAGAGAGGAGCACCAUGACAGCAUCCAGGACUCGGCAGUAAGGUCUACACUGACAUUCAAGCAGGACCAUAGCCUGGAGACCAGGCACGUCCGCAUGCUGCUCUGGAACCUGGCCUACCGGCAGCUGAGAAACAAGGACUGGCAGAGGCUGGCCCGCUUGUGGAGCUUCACAGAGGACCAGAUCAGAGCCAUUGAGGAACAGUGGUCAGGUAACGAUAGCUCCCAUGAACAUGGCUACAGGGCUCUGCUCAUCUGGCUGCACGGAGCUCUGAUGACACAGCUGGACCCUGCCAAGCAACUGUAUGAGGAGCUGGUACAUGCAGGAUUCCCAGGACUAGCUGAAAAGAUUCGUCACUUCAAAAGUAAAACUGACUCAAGCGCCAAGAAAUGUGCAGUCUCCUGAGGCUUCCCUCUCCUCCUUCAGUGUUGGUUCCUGAUGACCACGGCCAUCCUGCAGCACACAGAUUUCCCAAUUCACAGACCAUGCACCUCCAGAGAUGGACAUGAACAUACCACCUUCCCAUUGCUCAAGGCCACACAGAGGCUUUGCUUUUCUCUUGAGGCAAACUGUAUAUGACUUCCCCGUUUGUUAUUUGGUGCACACAUGGGACACCCUAGCUGAACGGGCUCUGUCCUUACUUAAACACCAAAGUGACAAUGGGAUCAACAUGGUGGCUCAUGGGAAGCAAGGGCUUGGAGAUGCUGCUCUAAUACUGGAUUCUUGGAUGUGAGCAUGUCAAUAUCACUGAAGUGCUCAUAAUUAGCUCCCUUUCUGAUAGAUAGGAUGUUUUCUCCAGAGACGGCGGUGUGGACGAGGGAAACACCCGUGAAUGCCUGACCUCAAGCCAUGAUAUGUAAGCCAUGAACUCUCAUCGCUGUAGAGAAAGUGCAUUUGGAAAGUCAGA